GUCGUCGGCCGAUUGUCACUUGUCACCACGUUGUCAGACCAUGGAAUGGGGCAACUAAGCGGGCUGUGCUGUGUGCGGGGUAAUUAGGGGCUUACCUUACCCUUCCCCGCACCCCCGCGCAAACGCCAGAAACAGGUUCAACAAGGUGUCCGGCUCCUAACCUCAAAACACCUCCAGGACUGGCAAGGGUUGAAAAUGUUUGGUUUGAUGGAUGCUCAUGGCUGCAGCAGCAAGCUCAGACGUAGUGUUCCCUUCCAUUUGUGCGAGGGAUCCACUUGGGUCAUGAUGCUGGAUGCCAAGUCCAGAGAGAUGGCAGGGCGAUCCUUCAUGCAGCCAUCUACACAAGUCAGUGAAGUGACUGAUACCAGGAUGGAGGCGAUUCUCUUGAAGAUUGAAGAAACACACCGGCAACAUCAACAGACAUUGUUGCAAGUGCUUUCCACUGUGCAAAACUUGAGUGCAACGGGAGUGCCUUCCCGACACUCGGUCCCAAGAAUGAGCGAUCCAAUUGGCACUAUCAAAUCCCCAGAGCGGCAUUCUGUCCGAAAGAAAUCAGGCCCAACUUCGUCACCAUCACAAACACCUGGGAGAGUUCCUAGCUUUUUUGAAAUGCAAAGUGCAGUGCUCCGUGAACUUGGUGCUCUUUAUGAUUCAUCGCAGGCUGGGGAUGCAGGCCGCUCAGGGCAAUCCGCAAGCUUUCACACCACAUGCUCAUUCGACGAGGGUGGGGCUUCAAUCGUUCCAGUACCACGCCCCCGCACAUUCCUCCAGGAGGAUGGGCCGCAGGAGUCUUUGCCUGGCAUGAUUCGUGAAGACCGUCACUUGAGCCUUCCAAGGCCAAAUCGUGGAUCUCACAUGGGAUCCAUCAGCAAGACGGCACAGGCACAAAUCUUGGAGUCGCAUUCCAAUUUGUCUCCUGUGGUGGACGAAGUUGACAGAACCCGCAGUGUGAGGAUGAUGGCAGACCAUCCAGUCUUGCUGCACCUUCUGAUUGGGAUACCAGCGCUUUGUGACGUGGCGUCAGCGAUAAUUCUGGGUUGGAAGUACCCGAAUUUGAGCUUCAAUGGAUUCACGGUGGCAACUUUGCUGAUCUACAGUGUGUUGGCCACGUUCUGCGUCUUCAUGCUGGGAAAUGCCCUCAGGUCAUCCGACCUGCAUUUAGCCACCACACGACUCCACAUUUUCGUUUCGGAUUUCAAGAUUCGCUGGAGCGAAGUAUCAGGCCAAGAAUGGCGAAAGUACCUCGCGGCCUGGUGCUCGAUGUUGCUCCUUUUUGUGGCGACUCAAGCGCUGGAGACAAACUUUGUCAACCAUACCGCGAAUGGGGACGACAUGCUUUUUUGGGCUACUCUGAAUCAGGCCAUCUCUGUGGUCAGCUUCUCCAUCUCCAGCGCGGUGAUCUUUUUGUCAGCAUAUGUUCAGAGUCACCUUCUGUUAGGAUUGGACAAGAGCCUGGAUUGCUGGUGUUGUCAGAUAGUGAAUCACAUGAACUUCCCGGUUGGCGUUGAGAGUUGGAAUGCCAUGCAAGCCUUGUUGAAGUGCGUCGGCCGAGAACUGGCGGGGAGCUUUGUGGCUUUGCAAGGCCUUGCAUCCAUUGGCUUCAUGUACUUCUUGGUGAGUGGCGUAACUAUGGCCUUCCGUGCUGAGUUCCAGUUCAUGCCUUUCUUCAUCGAGUGUUUGUCCUCUUUGCCGCUGCCCUUCCUUUUCUUGCUCGGGAUGCGUGUUUGCGCCCACGGUGCCGACUUGACGGAGAAAUGUCGGGCUAUGCCGGCUUUCGUGAAUCAGAUCCCAACCAAUGUGCUGAUUGACGUGGAACGACAGUACUUGGUGCGCUUCAUAGCAGUCACUCCACAGCAACAACACCCGCUAGGCCCGCUAGGCUGACCCCCGGGUAGACUAUACUAGACUUCUGCAUCAAAGUGAAACUCCUCCAACCUAAUAGCGAUGGCCUCAAACCUACUUUACUAGCGAUGGCAUCAUCCAACCUACUAGCGAUGGCCUCCAACCAAAUAGUAAAAAAUAGUAAAAGCGAUGGCCUCCAACCUAAAGAAAGCUAACAUAUGAAGCAAACGAAUUCGAAGGCCCAUGGUGAUCCACGAUCUUUUGCCCGUCAGCCUAUCGGUGUGGCUCAGGACAGCUCGCCAGGCUUCACGGUCAGGGAUGUGAAACUCACCCGUGAGGUAUUCUUCAAGCAAGUCUACAUUUUUGUUGGACUGGUCUCUGGCCUCAUUAGUGUUUUAUCUCGUUUGUACAUGUAAUUAGUUAGUCCAGAAAUCUCCGGACCUGUUUCGCUUCGAAGGGCUUGAAAAGACUUUGAACGCUUCCAUGCAUUUCAUCCAUUUGGAAUGCCCAACACAUCCGCAUAAGAGAUUCUGACUGCAUAGUUUGAAGUUAUUUCCUUUCCCUGGACAAGGCUCUGCUAAGCAUGGGCCGAUUUGUCCAUUUCCGUAGUCUCGAAGGAUCAUUGGAGGUACAUUCCUCCUUUUUCCUCGGACAUCCCAUCGAGACCCCAUAGAACCUGCCUUCCUUAGCGUGAGCAGGGCCAUUGAUGGAGAGCCUCGUGGGUUCCGUGCAUCAUCUUGCCCGAACUGUCAUCUCAUAAAGAUCAAAA